AUGUCGCACAUUAUUCUUUGGGUGCUGUUAGCUUCCGAGUUGUGGCACCACCCGUCGUGGGGCAAUGUGUACCCGUACCACAUCACACGGAAGACGCCGAAGAGCAAGCGUUGGUGGAAGGGUCCACAGUAUAACACGGGUCGAAACUUUGGCGGUUGGCUGUUCCAGGUCCAGCAUACGAGUGCCUCGGUAAUCUGCGGAGCGUCCUACUACUCCCCGCUUUUGAUGAUUGCGUCGGCGAACUGCAUCCACCCGCAUCGCUACGAUCUGGAGGGAACGAGUGUCGAGCCCACGUUCACCGAAGAAGACAUCUAUGGACUUAUCGACACCGUGUACACGCCCAACGAGUUCCAGCAAUUCCAUCUCUAUAUGGACAUAGCCGUAAUCCUAUUGCAAAGCCCCAUCAAGGGCAAGACUACCGAGUUCAUAAAGCUCUGCAGCAAGCCCAUCAAACCGGGAAUGUGGACGACGGUGUAUGCCUGGGGCUUCGACUCCAUGCACAUGGGGGCGCAGACCACGAACACCAAGAGUGGCAUAGUGCCCGUCGAGGAUGUCGAAACGUGCCGCAAGAAGUUGAGGACCACCGACACCAGGCUCUCGAGCACAUCCUUCUGUGUGACCCAUCCAAAGAACGCGAGGAAGUGCCUCUACGACGGAGGAGCCCCCCUGACCUACGGCACCGAACUCUGCGGCGUGGUAUCCUAUGGACCUGUUUGCACCAACGCCGGACAUCCGGGCGUCUACACGGACAUCAACAAGGUGGCAGACUUCAUCGAGGAUAUCGAAUAUGCCAUUAAAAUAGGUCUACUGAAACGCAGGAUUCCAUUAAAGAAGUAUAUGGAAAAACGUUCGGGCAAAAAAAAAGAAAAAAUUCUAAAGCACAAACAUCGCUAA